AUGGGACCCUUUCCCUUGGUAGCUGCGGCGGCAGCGGUGGCAGAAGGCGCGCGCCACACUUCCGCCCUCUCUCCCUUUCUCCCCCUCUUGCCCUUCUUCCGGCGCCGAGACGGGGCUCCGCAAAGCGAGGUUCCGCCGGAAGAGCUUCCUCUGCCGCCUCCUCCGCGACACGGCUCCCCGCCGCGCGCGCGCCCCGCCCCUCCCCGCCUAUGUCGCAUGGGACCGCCCCUUCCGCCCGGGCCCCCUCCUGAUCUCCCGGCGCUCGCUCUGCUCGGGGCGCAAAGAGGGGGCCCUGCUCACUGCCUGCCUUCGCCUCCACCUCCGCAAGCCCCUCCCCUGGAGCCACCAAUGAGAGCAUCAUGGGCCUUGCAGUCCGGCUCCGGAAGGAAGACGGAAGGGCCAAGGAACACGGCUGUAGUGGUGGACGAGUGAGGCCCACGUCUCCUGCUUCCGGACAUUAAACCCCACUCUUUGAGGGAGGAAGGAA